UGUAAUGGAUGAAACAUUUAAGAUGGAUCAUUAUUUAAGGCCAAUUAUUAUUAUGAGAAUAGAUGAGCCUUAAAAUGAAUAAUUAUUAAAAAAAAAUAAAAACAAUAAUGAUACUUAAUGGAAAAAAUAUGAAAUCAUUUUAGAAAAAUUUCAUCGAGAUGCAGCUGCUGCAGAAGAAACAUUAAUCUAAUUUGCUGAGCCUAGUUCCACAACCACUAAUAUUUAGACUUUUAUCAUAACAUUUUAUUCUCUUUAUACUGCAAUGACACUUGGAUGGAAUGAAGAGCGCAUUAAAAAUGAAAUAGAUAGAUUAGCUAAAAAUGAGAGAAUUCCUAAAGAUAUUACUGAUUUCAUUGAAAAGAAUACAUAAUAUUUCAAUAGAGCAUAUUUUUAUCUAGAAAAAGACUCUUAUUAUAUUGACAUUGAAAUGAAAUUACUCUAAGAAUUAAAAUAUCGUAAAUUUGGAUAAAUGCAUAAUCUAACAAGCAUUGAAAAUUAUGAUAGAUAAGAUAGUAUUAUGAAUGAAAAUAAAACUUUUGUUAAAUUUAAAAUAAAAGCUAAUGAACACUUUAGUGUUAAUAGAGAAUUAGUUGAAGAUUUCAAUGUACCAGUUAAACAAGAAUUUGAUUAUCUAAAGGAUUUAGAAAAUACAAAAUAAGAUACAUAAAAGAAAUUAUAGUAAUUUAGAAUGAAGGCUAUCUAUUAAUUAUAUAGUCAUUAGAAUAGAGCAUUAAAAAAAAUAUUCUAAAAUGAUAAAGCUCAUUCAGGUGUUAUUAUUUUACCAUGUGGUGCAGGUAAAACUCUGCUUGGAAUUAAUGUGGCCUUAAAAAUAAAGAGAAAAACACUCAUUAUAUGUGAUUAAGUCAAUGAUGUUUAUUAAUGGUAAAAGUCUUUCAUUAAAUUUACAGAAAUGGAUAAAAACAAUUUGGCAGUUAUUUUAAGAACUUAAUAAGAAGUACCAAUGGCAGUCUUAGGUAGAGAACAUAUUAUAGUAAUUACAAAUAAGGAUAUGAUUUCAUCAAAUAGAAAGGAUAUUAAACAUGUUACUACUUUGGAAUGGCCAUUAUUAAUUAUGGAUGAAGUUCAUGGUUUACCUGCAGAAUAAAUAAAUGCUGAAAUUUCUAAAUUGAAAGCUAAUAUGAAAAUUGGUUUAACAGCAACACCAUAUAGAUAAGAUAAUAAAAUUAAAGAGAUUUUUUAUAAAGUAGGUCCUAAAUUACAUGAAUCUAUGAUUGUAGAUCUUAAAUAAAUGGGAUAUGUGAGUAAAAUAUAUUGCAUCUAAGUUUAUGUUGGUAUGUAAGAUCUAUAUAAAUAAAAAUAUGAAGAAUAUAGAAGAGUCAAUAAUCAAUUUGUUACUAAUACUUUAUAUUAAAUGAAUGUAAAUAUAAAAAUAUAAAUAGCCAAAAAAAUUUGAAGUUUUAUAAAGUCUAAUUAAUAUACAUAGAGCAAGAAAAGAUAAGAUUUUAGUAUUCUGUGAAAAAGUUAAUAAAUUAGCAGAUACUGGUACUCUUGAGAAAUUUGCUAAACUUAAUAAUUGUCCUAUUAUUAGUCAAAAAGUUGAAUAAACAGAAAGAUAAGCUAUUUAUAAAUUAUAUUAAGAAGAUAAAUUAGAUGUUAUUAUUUUUGGUUAAAUUGCUGAUCAAGGUUUGGAUUUACCAUCUGCAAAUGUAGGAAUUCAGAUUAGUUUUAAUUUUAAAUCUGUUAGAUAAGAAUUUUAAAGAAUGGGUAGAAUUCAAAGAAAAAAAGAAAAUUAAAUUGGUGAAUAUGAUUGUUUCUUUUAUUCAAUUGUAACUAAAGGAACAAGAGAAGUAGAAAUACAAUUUGAAAGAUAAAUUGCUGUAAUUAAUUAAGGAUAUCCUUAUGAAAUAAUUUCAGCAGAAGAACUCAAACCUCCUUAAUUAGAAUCAGAUAAAAAAUUAUUAUUAGAUAAAAUUUUGGAUGAAAUGUAAAAAAAAGUUUUAGAGACAUGCACAUAAAAAGGAGAUGAGGAUAAGGAAGAAGAUGGUUAUUGA